GAGUGCGCCAACGUAAAUUUACUCUUUAUAGCAUACGUAUAUUUAUAUAUAAAAAGUUUAUACUAUACACAAAACUAAACCUUCGUCUUCCGUACGCCGGUGCUUUACAUUUGUUGAUUCGUUGCAGCAGACGAAGGUGCAAGCCGGUAGGUACGAAGAACGCUAACACAGAGAGCAGCCAAUUGGUGGUAGCUAUUGGAGCUCCAAACAAACAGCUGUGGAAUGGGGCACUGAAGUGAGUUGUCGGCAGCAAGAGUACGUUGAGGUGGCGCUACGCACAAAUGUAUCCAUGUUUAUGUACGUUUGAUUGUAAAUUCCAAAUGAAAACAAACGACGUCUGGUUUGGCUGCGUCCGUACUUGAAGAGGCAUACUGGCAGCGGUUGAGGCGAACAUUUUGAAUUCCCUUUUGUGCUAUGACGAGUCAAGUUAAAGCGUUUGCUGGAGAAGGUGGUGUGUUCGCGAGUACGCGUAUUUGUUUUUCGAAUUAUUAAAUAUCGGCGCGUAGCUUGCAAUAAAAACUAAUUUGCCCGUAAAAUUUUUUUGUGAAAAGUGAUAUUUAAUUUUAAAGCAUUUUAUACAUAGAAUUUUAUCGAAUACUCGUUGAUAUCGUAAAUAGUACAUAAAGGGCGGAGAAUCCAGCCGGCUGUGGAGCUAUAAUUUUGGAUAUCUAACACAUAUGUGUGUACAUUAAUUUCGCGAUUCGCAUCGCUGACCAAAACAAGGGUCGUCGUUGCUUGGUGCGGUGCGGGCAAAAAUACAGCUGGCGGCACAUAUUGUAUUGCCGAACAGAGUUCCGUCGUUUUUAUGACCAUAAAAGUGCAAAACAAAAAUUAAGUGAUUAAAAAAGUAGAGCAAAUUUUUUGUAUUUUUCAAUUUUUAUAAAACGUAAAUGGUGGCUCAGUACAAUCGUACUAUAAAUUGAUUUGCUGCAAUGAAAAUGAUUUUAAAUAAUUAGAACGUACAAUUGUUUUAAAAAUAUUGUGUCCACAGCUUAUACAAGUGCAUAUCAACAAUUAAGAAACGUAUAUAGCACCGCAAUAAUUAAAAUCAAUCGAAAUUGCAGCGUAAAAAUAUGUAAAACGUUUUAUAGUGCAUUUAUUACUCAGCGCUGAAUACUUGUGUAUAGCUUCUAUGCACUUGCAAACUUGGUUUUAAAGCUGCACCGACCUUGUAAAUAAAUAAAUUUGUAUGUACAUCAAUCAUCAGCGCUAUCACAAGUUUUAAGCUCCAAUCUCAUUGCGAAAAGUAAAAGUCAUUCUGACAUCGUCGCCGCUGCACCACCUCCACUCGGCGGCUUACCCAUUGGCAUUGGCCCUCAAUUGCCACCAUUCGGUAGCGGCGGUUUUGUCAAAUUGCGGCAUGUAGACAAAGCACCAGCACAACAACAAGAACUACAGCCAGCUGUACAGCAUCACUCCGCCGCCGAGUCAAAUCGCAGCAACUUUCCGAACGCACAAAGCGUACAAAACUUGCAAGAACAAGCAGAAGGUGAGGCUGCGCAGGCGCAUAAUCCCACAGCUUUACCGGCAUUCUUACAAGGCGGUCUUCGGCGCAGCUUAACACAGGUCAUGGGUCCUGAUCAACGCACAAUUACAGUCGGCUGUAAGGCAGGCUCGAUCGCCGAUCGGCUUGCGGCUCUGCAAAAGAGCGGAGAGGAUGAUUGGAAAAAGAGAAUCUCACGACGCGACGAAGUCGAUGAAAUACGACGAGAGAAUCUAGUAAAUGAAUCACUUUCUUUGGCACAUUCAUUAUCGGACAAACCACUGCCGCAAUCACCUCUCAUACCAAAUUGCUUGGAAGGUGGCAAAGUUUCAGAUCGUUUGGGCAAAUUGAAAACAUCUUCGGAAAAGUGGAAGGAUCGUAUUGAACAAUCCGAUGCCUCAAAGUUCACAGUCGCUGGCCGUCUGCAGAAGAAAGCACAGUCACCGAUUGAGCUACAAUUUGAGCGCGAACAAAAUGCCGAACCGAAAAAGUGUCCCAUGCAUGUGGUGCGCAGCGCCAAUCAACCACAACUUGGACUCGCCAAGAGUCCAUCGAUGAUGGUGACAACCAAUACGAAUGGUGGCGCCAAUGGUGGUACCAACGGACAUCAUAAUUACUUGCAGCGCAGCUUGAGCGUAACAGCCGAACGUCCCAAUAGCGAAUCGGCCAACUCUAGCUCCGACUCCGAUUCGGAUGGGCGCUGCAAUGAAAAGGAGACAAAGAAUAAGACGAACACAAUGAGUGCUGCCGCAGAGCGUGCAGCGCUGGGGACACGUGUUGCUGUGCCGAAGUUGGACGAUGAAGAGACAUUCGAGAAAUUCUUUGCAUCAAAGAAACAAGCACCCAUACAGACAAGCGUUAUUAGCGAGGAUGCCGAAGUGAACGAUUUCGAUUUUGAUAGCAUCAAGACGACACAGCGUUUGGUUACAAAACGUACCAUACAAGGUCCGAAGGGCAGGCGUGCAGCACGCAACCCACUCAAGAGUUUAGCCGAACGCAGCGACAUCACUUCCGAGUAUACCGAAGUUAAGUCUGGUGUGGCUGAACGUGAAAUGCGUCGCUUGAAGCUCGAGUCAUAUGGUCAUCGCAGCAGUAACUUGGCGGCCGAGGCCAUCGCCGGGCUGGCAUCCGUCGAAGAUUUCAAAUCGGUUGCUUUGAAGUCCUCAGCGCUGCCACUUAAUCAAAUGUGGGUUCCCUAUAAGAAGCUUAUGUUGCUGCAUGUCAAGGGCCGUACGCACGUGCAGACGCGUCUGGUUGAACCGACUUAUAAGUCGGUGAAUCGCGGCGAUUGUUUUAUACUCGUGCAUGGUGAUCAAUUGUACCGUUAUGUCGGCUCGUACGCCAAUGUCAUUGAAAUUGCGCGCAGCAAGAAAAUAUGCGCCUAUAUAGUCGAGAACAAAGAUCUCGGUUGCACGGCGUCUGCUGAGGUUAUACUCACCGAUGGCAAGUUCUUAAAUGAACGUCACUGGAAGAAAUUCUGGGAGCUGCUGGGCAAGCCGGAAGAUUAUAUCAUACCCGAUUGUGGGCAUGCCGAUGAAGACGAUCUCUUCGAAGCAAGUCUGAUAGAGACCAACAAAAUCUACGAGUUCCAAGAUGAUUCAUUGGUGCCGAUGGAAAAGUACUGGGGCUGCAUACCGAAAGUUGAGAUGCUCGACCCCAACAAGGUUAUCAUUUUCGAUUUCGGCAGCGAAAUGUAUGUGUGGAAUGGCAAGACAGCGUCGACAAAUGAAAAGCGUGCCGCCAUUAAGUUGGCGCAAGAGCAUUACGACACCGGCGAUGUGGACUACUCCAGCUGCUACGUCAAUCCCGUUAAUUAUGCAGCAAUUGUAGGUAAUCGCGAGUCAUAUAAAUUUCUGCGGCGUUGCGAGAAGCGCGGCGACUGGUGUAUUUUGGGUAAAAUCACACAAAAUAUGGAAACUUCGCUUUUCAAGGAGAAAUUCUCCGAUUGGCCGGAAGUGGAGCGUGAAGAUCUAGAAAAAGAUUAUCUCAUGAAUGGUGUGCAUGCUGUCAAAGCGCUCGAUGGACACGCGCUCUACAAAGGCGAACCUUAUCUUGAGCCUAAUUUAGUGUUAGAAAACGCCAAUUUGGGGCGUGGCAACUUCUAUUACGACAACGACAGCAUGCGUCACUUCGAUGUCAUCACAAUAUCCACCGACAAAUGGCAAAUACACGAAUUCAACUUCGACAACGCCCAAGCUAGCAGUUACGGACACUUUUACUCUGCCGAAAGUUACAUUGUGCGUUGGGUUUAUCAGAUUUCGGUGACUGUGCGCGAGUUGAGUGGCAAAAUCUCCAAACGCGCCACCGUCGGACGCGAUCGUUGUGUAUAUUUCUGCUGGCAGGGCAACGAUUCCAGCGCCAAUGAGAAAGGUGCUGCCGCGCUGCUCACCGUCGAGUUGGAUAAGGAGAAGGGCGCACAAAAGCGCGUGGCACAGGGCGAUGAAACACCCGCCUUUAUAAGGCUCUUCAAAUUGCUAUUCCAGCACAAAGGCCGUAAGGAUGAUUGCCUAGAACGCCGCAGCACAUGGCGUCUGUAUCAGAUCACUGGCAAUGUGCCGGAAGAGACGCUACUCAGCGAGGUGGACUGUCAUGCGCGUCAGUUGCGCUCACGCGCCUCCAUGUUGCUUGCGCACGGCGAUAAGGGUGUGCUGUAUAUAUGGCAUGGCUGUAAGAGCGCCAAACAUACACGCGAUGUGGCUGAGCAGGCGGCAGAUCACUUGAAAACCGAGAAACCGGAGGAUUUAUUCACAGACAGUGUGAGCGUAGUGCAGGUGGAGACGGUGGAAGAAGGCAAGCGUGCGAGCGAGUUCGAAGCGGCAUUGAGCGGCUACGAUAGCAACGCCUAUUAUAGUCUACUCAAAGAGUCAACCAAAGAUUUCGCUUAUACUGCGCGUCUCUUCCAUUUCUCGAGCACGCAGGGCGUAUUUAGCGCCACGGAAUUGCAAUAUGCGCUGCGCUGCCAGGACUUGCACAGUCCAUAUCCAUACACGCAGGCACAAUUGUACAAUGCACGCCAACCGACCAUCUUUAUGCUCGACGACGGUGAUAUGCUGUGGCUGUGGAUGGGCUGGUGGCCGCUGGAGGAUCUCAAAAUAACCACUGAAGAGCGCAGCAGUCCAACGAAUGAGAAUCGCGCCGGCGUGAAUCGUUGGAUAUCGGAGCGACGCGCUGCUUUGGAAACAGCCGUAUCUUACUGGUGCGCCAAAUUCGGUGAAAAUAACGAAAAAGACUUCCAUGACAUUAAAGGUUAUGUCGUAUGGGCUGGCCUAGAGCCAUUGGCCUUUAAAGCUCUCUUCCCCGAUUGGAGUGAGCGCGAUGACAUCAAAGAAAUAAACAUGCAGGAUGGUCGUACUGAUGAACCCACCCCCAUCACUGAUGUGCUAAAACAACUAACCCAAACCGAAUAUCCGCUUGCCAUAUUGAAGGAACGUCCACUGCCCGAAGGUGUGGAUCCGACGCGCUUGGAAUUGUAUUUGAACGCAGCGGACUUCCAGACAGCGCUCGGCAUGACCAGCGCCGAAUUCGAACAGAUGCCAUUGUGGAAGCAGACCAAUCUGAAGAAGGAGCGUGGCUUAUUUUAGUUUUAUUAAAAUGACAAAACAUAAA